UUGUGUGGAGUUUCUGCAGCAGGAUGCCGGAGCCAGCAAAGUCCGCACCCAAGAAGGGGUCUAAGAAAGCCGUUUCCAAGACAACGCCCAAGGGUGGCAAGAAGAGAAGAAAGAACAGGAAGGAGAGUUAUGCCAUUUACGUGUACAAGGUGCUUAAGCAGGUGCAUCCUGACACCGGUAUCUCUUCUAAGGCUAUGAGUAUUAUGAACUCUUUCGUCAACGACAUUUUUGAACGCAUCGCCUCGGAGGCGUCUCGUCUGGCUCAGUACAACAAACGCUCCACAAUCACGUCCAGGGAGAUCCAGACCGCCGUGCGUCUACUGCUGCCGGGUGAGCUUGCCAAGCACGCCGUGUCUGAGGGCACCAAGGCGGUCACCAAGUACACCAGCUCUAAGUAAAGUCCUGUGAUACCAACACCAACCCAACGGUUCUUUUAAGAACCACACACUUCUUCUUAAGAGCAAGCUGUCUUUUAUUGUGGUCAUGAUUGUUUUUGAAACAUGGAAUCCAUACUUUUAAGUUCCUAAUGUGACUUUCCGCUUUUGCUUUGCAGCAGCCUGCGCUCAUGUCAUUUCAAAUUGGAUUUUUAUUUGUUUGUUGUAUACAGUAUGUUUGCUUUUCUUCAGAUAAUUAAAAAUAACGGACGUAACGCGCAGUGCUGUGCGAUAUUACUUCAUUUUUGAUCCAAUAUUGAGUAAAAUAUUGGUAAUACCAAUCCCAUACCUUGUGCAAAUUCACCUAAUGUGUCUGGUACAUUUUUAAAAGCUGUCUAUUUCACACUAUAGCAUAAACAAUACAAGACAUCUACUGUAAUUAA